AUGGCUGCCAUUAUCGGAGACGUUUUUGCUGAUUCCCCAUCGCGCUUCCAUGGCAUGAUCGGCAGCCACUCCCACGACAUCCAUUACCAAGCCCGGUCAGCCAGCCGAUCCCGCGACCGAGACACGCAGUCGCACCACACGCCGCGCCCGACAGCGAGCCCCCGCAGACCAUCAACAUCGUUUAGUAGCAGUACACAGCACCAGUCACAGGACAGGAGUACCACGAUACAGCCACCAAACCACGCCCUUGCCUCAGCCGGCGAGAGAACAACGAGGUUACCGUCGCCGCCACCUUCAUCUUCCUCAUCGCAACCGUCAUCAGGCGGCACGCAACCACGAUUCGAAGUACCUGGAGAUGUCUCUCAAGAAUCCACUGCGGGCUCUUUUUCUUCGUUCGACUCGGACGCUUCUUCAGCUAGCACCAGCACCGCCACGACAGUGAUACCCCCGUCGUCGAGGUCAAUGCCCUCACCAGGGUCUGAUAACGGUCCACAAUGGAACUCGACGCCCCUCGAGACAACCAACCCAUCCAUCCCCGCUCAUCUUGAUGAUCCACCGGAGUCCCCUAUCCAAACCCAAACCACGAUCCGAGUGCGCGACCUCGCCCACAUCCAGAGCCUGGCAAAGGCUGAUUUACUUACCGGCACCGGGCCUGGUACUGUGAACGACCCUCCGCUACAACAAAUGAAAUAUGAAAUUAGCGGCAUGCCUAUUGGUGAUAUUAUUGAGAUGGUAGCAGCCUUGCUCACCAAGAUUACGGCGACGAAUGAUCUUCAGCAUGACGCCCUCAACCGCAACGCGCACCACUUGCGACAGGCUCAAGCACAAGCACGGGGCGAAGAAGGAUCCGGUGAGACUGGAAUGAGCCCACUUAGCAGCAGUGUUUUAGCCUUCCAUGGCAAGAACGUGCCUGCCAUCACUAUCCUCAGCUACCUGAGCCGGAUUCACAAGUACUGCCCCACCACGUACGAAGUUUUCUUAAGUUUGCUGGUGUAUUUCGACCGCAUGACCGAACGUGUCAACGAUCUGGUUAUGAAGAGUGAAGAAGCCCGUCGCUUCCAGCAACCGAAAACUGUGGCUCCUGGGGCCUCCGUCGACAAGGACAUAGUCAUGCGGGAUCAUGACGACGAGGGCGAGGAAGACGACCGUGGCUCCAGUGACGCGACCGAGACGGACUCUGAAUUAGCCGACUCGACCGACGGGGAAGAUAACGCCACUAGUGCCGCCCGGGCCCCAGAGAAACAAACGGGGGCAAGUACACGGAGCAGCGGCGGGGGACGCAGCUCACACCCCAGUGCUCCCAACGCCCCAGGGGUAUCUGCGCAGCAACAAGCGACAUAUUUUGUGGUCGACAGCUUUAAUAUCCAUCGCUUAAUCAUUGCUGGUGUGACUUGCGCCAGCAAGUUCUUUUCGGACGUGUUUUAUACCAACUCGCGGUAUGCCAAGGUCGGCGGCCUCCCCCUACCCGAGUUAAACCACCUUGAGCUGCAGUUCCUCCUGCUCAACGAUUUUCGUCUUGCCGUACCAGUCGAGGACCUCGAGGCAUAUGCCACGAUGCUUGUCGAGUUUUACGCACGUGAGGUUCUUGCGCAGCGGUCACGUCCAAGUACGGAGUAA